AAACUGGAAAAAAAUGACAACAGCGUCAUCACCCGAUCACCGUCAGCAUCCUAGUGUUUGAGUUAAAUAAAGUUGAAACAAUAACCCAUUCCAACAUUGACCUCGGCCCUCAGAAGUUUAAUCAACCUCGAAAACAGACGAGCAUUCUCGUCCCCUCGUCGCCAAAAUCGCCAGUAACCGAUUAUGAAGUGAAAGCCGCGAAUUUAACCUCUCACCGAAGAUGUCGUAUAACAAGAAGGUAUCAUAUUUUUACAAUCCCGAUGUGGGUAACUUCCACUACGGCCCGGGUCACCCGAUGAAGCCCCACAGGCUUUCAGUGAUCCACUCGCUGGUCCUGAACUACGGCCUCCACAAGAAAAUGCAGAUCUACCGUCCCUACCGGGCGAGCACCCAUGACAUGUGUCGAUUUCACUCCGACGAGUACGUCGACUUCCUCCAGCGCGUAACACCCCAGAAUCUUCAGGGUUAUACGAAGUACCUGAGUCAUUUCAACGUCGGUGACGAUUGUCCAGUAUUCGAGGGACUCUUUGACUUCUGCUCGAUGUACACUGGGGCCUCGCUGGAGGGCGCAACGAAACUCAACAACAACUGCUGUGACAUCGCCAUCAACUGGAGUGGGGGACUGCAUCAUGCUAAAAAAUUCGAGGCAUCUGGCUUCUGCUACAUCAACGAUAUUGUCAUUGCUAUCCUGGAGUUGCUCAAGUACCACGCGAGGGUCUUGUACAUUGACAUUGACGUUCAUCAUGGAGAUGGAGUGCAGGAGGCCUUCUACCUGACGGACAGGGUCAUGACUGUGUCCUUCCACAAGUAUGGGAACUACUUCUUUCCAGGAACUGGGGAUAUGUACGAGAUCGGGGCCGAAAGUGGGAGGUAUUACUCGGUCAAUGUGCCUCUUAAAGAGGGCAUUGAUGAUACCAGCUAUGUGCAGGUCUUCAAGCCAGUAAUUUCCCACGUGAUGGAGUUCUUCCAGCCGACAGCGAUAGUCCUCCAAUGUGGAGCAGACUCCCUAGCAAAUGAUCGUCUUGGCUGCUUCAGCUUGAGCACGAAGGGCCACGGGGAAUGUGUAAAAUUCGUUCGUGACCUCAACGUUCCCCUGCUGACAGUGGGAGGUGGUGGCUACACCCUGAGAAACGUCGCCCGAUGCUGGACCUACGAGACGUCUCUCCUCCUCGACGAGCAGAUCAGUAAUGAACUUCCCUACACCGAAUACCUCGAAUACUUCGCACCUGAUUUUACUCUCCAUCCCGAGGUCGUCACCAGGCAGGACAAUGCCAACAGCAAGCAGUAUCUCGAGGCUAUCACUAGGCAUGUCUACGACAAUCUCAAGAUGGUGCAGCAUUCACCAUCUGUCCAGAUGCAAGACGUACCCUGUGAUGCUCUACCACCUGAUGACGAUCGACAACCUGAGCCUGAUCCUGACUCGAGGCAUAAUCCACAGGACACUGACAAAAUCACUGAGCCUGCCAAUGAGUACUACGCGGGGGACAAGGAUCAGGACAAAAUGGAUGCGCCAGAGUCGUGAUUUUAAUAGGUUCGACGAUUUUCUGUGGCUUUACUGAAAGAAAACUGCUGUAGUUUUGCAUUCUUCAUGAUGCUCCUGAAUGACAAGUUCAUUCACCUGGGCACUGGACAAGGAAAGAUUCCGACGAAGAGACAUUAUUUUAUCGGAUUCGAUUCUCCUGAAGUCAUCAGUGAAAUCAUAUUAGACUAUGCACUAUGAUAUCGCUUUACCUCUCAUCUCCUAAUGUAUCUCUAAUGAUCUUUGGGAUGGAUGACACUACUGGGUAAAACUUGUCAGUGAAAAUUGAUCUGCAAAUUUCGUGAAGGCCACCGGUUGUUCACCAGAGACGUGUACAUAUAUAAUUUUCUACUUAUCAUGAAAAAUGGAAUGGAAUGUAAAUAAAAUAGAUUUUAGGAGGA